UUGCAAGAUGAAGGUGAGAGAAACAAGUUCAAGUGUGGACUGAAGGAAAAUAUAAGUGGUUUGGAUGAAUUAUGUAUGAAGGAGUUAGACUUGGAGAAUGUAUGGCAAAAUGUAAAGAAAGGUUUAGUGCAUGCAGCUACCGAAGUAUGUGGUGUUAGUAAGAGAAAGAAUGAAAGGAAAAAUAAUACGUUAUGGUGGGAUGAUGAGAUACGUAUGGAAGUUGAAGCAAAGAAGAGAGCAUGGCUAAAUUUACUAGCAACAAAGGCUGGUAAUUCUAGCGGUACGAAUGAUGAUAUUGAAAGAAAAAAGGCGGUCUUUAGACAUCUUAAUAAGAGAGUAAAAGAAGUAGUUGAAAGAAAAAAGCAAGAAAGAACGGAUAAGAAUGAUAGAAGAAUAUCGGAUAACUUGUAG